AGGACUUCCGGUAAGACCGGAAGAACCUUUGUUUGUGUUGGUCAAGAUGGCGGCUGGAAUGUAUCUAGAACACUAUCUGGACAGCAUAGAGAAUCUCCCCUUCGAACUGCAGAGGAACUUCCAGCUGAUGCGGGAUCUGGAUAAGAGAACAGAGGACCUAAAAGAACACAUUGAUUCUCUGGCUCGCGAAUACACAGCCAACGCUCGGACUCUGGCAUCUGAACAGAAGCUGUCGCUGUUAAGACAGAUCCAGCAGUCUUAUGGGAAGUGUAAAGAGUUUGGAGAUGACAAGGUCCAGCUUGCAAUGCAGACUUAUGAGAUGGUGGAUAAGCAUAUCCGGAGGUUGGAUACAGACCUGGCUCGCUUUGAGGCUGACCUGAAGGAGAAACAGAUAGAGAGCACCGAUUAUGACUCAGCCUCCAGUAAAAGCAACAAGAGUGACCAUCGUGGACCCAAGAAGAAGGAGGUCACUCGCACCAGGUCAAAGGUCAAGAGCUCUGACGAUGACUGCAGCUCAAAAAGUGGGCAGAAGAAGGUCAAACUCUCACAAAGCGCCGAGUUUUCCACUCCGGCUGUGAACUUCGGGAACGUGCAUCCCUCAGAUGUGUUGGACAUGCCCGUGGACCCCAAUGAACCCACAUAUUGCCUCUGCCACCAGGUCUCAUAUGGAGAAAUGAUUGGCUGUGACAAUACAGACUGUUCUAUUGAGUGGUUCCAUUUUGCCUGUGUUGGACUGACCACCAAGCCCAGAGGAAAAUGGUACUGCCCAAGAUGUUCACAAGAGCGAAAGAAAAAAUGAACAUGCAAAAAAGAUUUCAAAAAGAGGGAUUAAGAGGGAGAAGCAAGCAAUGGUUGUGUUUAAUGCUCUCCGUAGACACUAAUAUAGAUCUAUUCUCUGCUUAAAUUAAUAUUUAAGGUGUGGUGCAAGUUAAGCUUAAUAAACAACAUUUAUGGCAUAUUAUGAUUUAAACUUCAAAUCAUUCCUUGUUUACUUGAAAAAGAAGAUUUCAGGGCAGCACUUAAAUAAAGUUAAUGGGCCAGUCCAUAAAGAUUAAACUACAGGCAAAUUGUUUUAUAGCUUAACCUUUAUGAAGUGGCCCAGUUUAUUUUACAUUAUAGGUUGUUUACUGUAACUUUAUUUUUAUGAAAAUACGGGAUGACUAAACGUUUUUUGAUGAAAUAAAUGUGCCACAAAUGUU